AGCAGGAUGAGCGGAUUAGGAGAAAAUACCUUGGACGGCAUGACCAGUGAUUCAAGAAAGCGUAAGCCGUUGCCCUGUGAUACCCCGGGACCAGGUUUGAUCUGCAGUGGGGAGAAACGUCGACGGGAACAGGAAAGCAAAUAUAUUGAAGAAUUGGCUGAACUGAUAUCCGCUAACCUGAGUGACAUUGAUAACUUCAAUGUCAAGCCAGAUAAAUGUGCAAUUUUAAAGGAAACUGUUAGACAGAUACGGCAGAUAAAGGAACAAGGAAAAACAGCUUCUACAGAUGAUGAUGUCCAGAAGGCUGAUGUGUCUUCAACAGGUCAAGGUGUUAUUGACAAGGAUUCCCUGGGGCCUCUUUUAUUACAGGCAUUGGAUGGCUUCUUAUUUGUAGUCAAUCGAGAUGGGAACAUUGUGUUUGUAUCAGAAAACGUUACUCAGUAUUUGCAAUACAAACAAGAGGACCUGGUUAAUACAAGUGUUUACAAUAUCUUGCAUGAAGAGGAUCGGAAGGAUUUUCUUAAAAAUUUACCCAAAUCUGCAGUGAAUGGCGUUUCUUGGACCAAUGAAGCACCUAGACAGAAGAGUCAUACAUUUAACUGUCGCAUGAUGGUGAAAACCAUGCAUGAUCUUCUGGACGAUGUAGGGAGCAACCAGGAGUCACAUCAGCGAUUUGAAACCAUGCAGUGUUUUGCUUUGUCUCAGCCAAGAGCUAUGAUGGAAGAAGGAGAAGAUUUGCAAUCCUGUAUGAUAUGUGUGGCCCGUCGUAUUUCUACAAUGGAAAGGGUGUUUUCACCAAUCACAGAGAGCUUUGUUACCAGGCAUGACCUUUCAGGUAAACUGGUUAACAUAGAUACAAACUCCCUAAGGUCUAUGAGACCUGGAUUUGAAGAUACAAUUCGUCGUUGUAUUCAGAGAUUUUUAUGUGCAAAUGAAGGACAGCCAUGGUCAAAUAAACGCCACUAUCAAGAAGCUUAUAUUCAAGGUCACUCCGAAACUCCCCUCUAUCGGUUCUCCUUAGCAGAUGGAACGCUAGUGACAGCACAAACCAAAAGUAAACUGUUCCGAAACCCAGUUACCAAUGACCGGCAUGGAUAUAUCUCCACCCAUUUUCUUCAAAGAGAACAAAAUGGAUAUCGACCAAAUCCCAGUCCGAUGGGACAGAGCAUCAGAGCACCUUCGACGGGGAACACAAAUUCAGUCGGUGGUGUGAUGAGUAUGUCACCUGGGCAAAACAUGCCUAUGCAGAUUAGGAACUACGGCAUGGGAGAUCCCAACCUAAUGGGACAGAUGGGCGGUGCUAGAUAUGGCGGUCCCGGAAAUAUGGGAUCAAUGAACUCUGGACAACAGAUGCAGUCUUCUCCCUAUCAGAGCAAUAGCUAUGGAUUGAAUAUGAGCAGUCCACCACACGGCAGCCCAGGCUUAAAUUCCAGUCAGCAGAAUUUAAUGAUGUCUCCUAGGAAUCGCGGGAGCCCAAAAGUGAACUCACACCAGUUUUCCCCUGUAGCAGGUGUGCACUCUCCAAUGGGAUCUGCCAGCAACACAAGCAGCAACAACUUUUCAAGCAGCUCGCUUAGUGCUCUUCAGGCCAUCAGUGAGGGCGUUGGAACUUCCCUUCUUUCUACGCUGUCUUCACCAGGACCGAAACUAGACAAUUCUCCAAAUAUGAAUGUUGCGCAGCCGAGUAAAAUGGGGAACCAGGAUUCUAAAAGCCCUCCUGGGUUGUUUUGCGAACAAAAUCAAGUGGAGAGUUCAAUGUGUCAGUCAAACAACAGGGAGUCCCUUAGUAACAAAGAUAUCAAAGAGGAGAACCUCGAAGGCUCGGAGCAAAGGGGACCGCUUGAGAGCAAAGGCCAUAAAAAACUUCUUCAGUUACUGACUUGUUCCUCAGAGGAGAGAGGGCAUUCAGCACUGUCAAACUCCCCCUUGGACUCUAGUUGCAAAGAACCUUCCACGAAUGCCACCAGCCCUUCCUCAGGAGUUUCCUCUUCUACCUCAGGAGGGGUGUCGUCUUCGUCCAAUAUACAAGAGAAGCAUAAGAUUUUACAUAAGUUGUUAAGGAAUGGUAAUUCUCCGGCAGAAGUAGCCAAAAUCACAGCAGAAGCCACUGGUAAAGAUCCAUACCAUGAUAACAACAGCUCAGCUUCCUGUGGUGAAGGAGUGGUCAAGCAGGAACAGCUGAGUCCAAAAAAGAAAGAGAACCAUGCUCUGCUCAGAUAUUUGCUUGAUAAGGACGAUGGAAAGGAUCUUUCGAAAGAGAUAAAACCUAAAAUGGAAUGUUUGGACAGCAAAAUGGGACAGUGCAGCAGUUCCGCCAUGCCUACUUCGAGCCAAGAUAAAGAGAUUAAAAUAAAAACAGAACCCACAGACGAGAUGGGUGGUGAUUUGGUCGAUAAUUUAGAUGCAAUUUUGGGUGAUCUGAGUAGCUCAGAUUUUUGCAGUAAUCCUAUGACUAUGAAUGGGAAUAAUAUGGGGAACAAGCAACUCUUGAGUCAAGGAAAUCCACCACUGGGUAUGAGAAGUCCGCAAUCUGUGCAGACCGCCCGUCCUCCUUUCAACAGAGCCAUGUCUUUAGACAGUCCUGUAUCUGUGGGCUCAAGCCCGUCUGCAAGAAAUGUCAAUGCGUUUUCCAUGUUACAAAAGCAAAGCAUGAUAGCUGGAAGUCCAAGAAUGAUUGAAAAUCAGGACAGUUUUGGAGCGAAUAUAGGUGGCUCAAACAGAAAUGUGUCUGUGAAUCAGAAUUCCGGAGGCGACUGGAACCUGCAGAACCCAAAGGUUAGCAGGAUGGAACCGACGGGUUCGGCUCCGGUGGCCAGGCCAGGACCAGACUGCAACCCAUCGCUUUCCAGGUCCACAAUGGGAGGGUCCAUGCCUGGUUUGCCCAUGAGGUCAAACAGCAUGCCGGGCACCAGAUCUAUGCUCCAACAACAAAUGAUCCACAUGAGACCAAAUGAUAUUAAUAUUGGUAUGGGAGGAAAUCCUUAUGCACAUCCAGGACCAUCUAACCAGUCAAGUGCAUGGCCAGAAAAUAUGUUAUCUAUGGAGCAAGGGCCUCGAGGCUCACAAACCAGACCGCUAGUUCGAAAUACUUUGGAUGAUUUCUUAUAUAAUGUUCCGAAUGUCGAAGGCCAAAGUGAUGAAAGGGCUCUUCUAGACCAACUUCACAUGCUGCUGAGUAAUACAGAUGUCACCAGCCUGGAAGAAAUUGAUAGAGCCUUAGGGAUUCCUGAUCUUGUAAAUCAAGGGCAAGCUUUGGAACCCAAGCAAGAAUCAUUUCAUGGCCAAGAAUCCGCAGUAAUGAUUGACCAGAAGCCUCCCGUGUACGGUCAGCCAUACCAGGGGCAGGGGGCAGCAAUGCCAGCGGGUUUUGCUGCCAUACAGGGCCAGCAGCCGUCCUUUAACUCUGUGAUGAAUCAAAUGAACCCACAGAACAAUUUCCCGAUGCAAAAUAUGCAUCCCAGAGCCAGCAUGAUGAGGCCCAGAACGAACGCGCCAAAGCAACUUCGCAUGCAGCUCCAGCAAAGACUUCAAGGGCAGCAGUUUUUGAAUCAGACGCGUCAGACAUUGGAUAUUAAAAUGGAGAACCCCAACCCUGGUGGUGCGUCGGUGAUGAGGCCUGUUAUGCCUCCCCAAAUGGGGUCACAGCAAGGCUUCCUUAAUGCUCAGAUGGUGGCUCAGCGAAACAGAGAGCUAAUAAGUCACCACAUCAGACAGCAAAGGAUGGCAAUGAUGAUUCAGCAGCAGCAGCAGCAGCAGCAACAACAGGCCUUCAGCCCCCCUCCAAACGUCACGGCCUCGGGCAGCAUGGACGGUUCUUUCGCAGGCCCUCCGAUGGCUCCAGUCCCGCCCCAGCAGUUUUCCUACCCAGCGAAUUACGGAAUGAACCAGCAGCCAGAUCCAUCUUUCAACAGGGUAUCAAGCCCUCCAAAUUCCAUGAUGGCUCAAAGAAUUGGACCGUCUCAAAAUCCGAUGAUGCAGCACCCUCAGGCGGCCGCAAUGUAUCAGUCCCCUGAGAUGAAGGGCUGGCCAUCAGGAAGCAUGGCCAGGAGCAGUUCUUUUCCACAGCAGCAGUUCAGUCAUCCAGGGAACCCUGCAACCUACAAUAUGAUGCACAUGAAUGGCAGUGCUGGUCACAUGGGACAAAUUAACAUAAAUGCAAUGCCUAUGUCAGGAAUACCCAUGGGGCCAGACCAGCAGAAAUACUGCUGACACCUACAACUGCAGAC